AUGGCUGACCGCGGAGGUUUUCGUGGUGGUUUUGGUGGCGGUGGUCGGGGCCGCGGCGGUAGAGGCCGAGGACGCGGCCGUGGCCGUGGCGUUGGAGGUCGAGGUAAGGACAGCGAAAAAGAAUGGGUACCGGUCACCAAGUUAGGACGACUGGUCAAAGACGGAAAAAUUAAGAGUUUGGAGGAAAUUUACCUCUAUUCACUGCCUAUAAAGGAAUACGAAAUCAUCGACUUCUUCCUCAGCAGCACAUUGAAAGAUGAAGUGCUGAAGAUUAUGCCGGUACAGAAGCAAACCCGCGCUGGACAGCGUACCAGAUUCAAGGCUUUCGUCGCCAUCGGUGACUUCAAUGGCCAUGUUGGCCUCGGUGUAAAGUGUUCGAAAGAGGUUGCCACUGCUAUUCGCGGGGCGAUAAUUGCCGCCAAGCUUUCCGUUGUACCUGUUCGAAGAGGAUACUGGGGAAACAAGAUCGGCAAACCUCACACUGUGCCGUGCAAGGUUACCGGCAAGUGUGGAUCCGUACUUGUGCGGUUGAUCCCUGCUCCGCGUGGUACCGGCAUUGUUUCUGCGCCUGUGCCUAAAAAACUCUUGCAUAUGGCUGGAAUCGAGGACUGUUAUACGUCAGCUCACGGAUCGACCGGUACUUUGGGGAAUUUCGCAAAAGCUACGUAUGCCGCCAUCGCAGCUACCUACAGUUACUUGACGCCUGAUUUAUGGAAGGAUAUUCCCCUGAAGAAAACGCCCUACCAAGAGCAUGCUGAAUUCCUGACGAAGAUGCAAAUCCCCGUCGGCGCAUUUGUUGCAAAGGUGCAUUUGAAUUCUUUGUCUAAAUUAUUGUUUUCGUCUUAGAU